AAAUUUUUGGACUUUUGAAAAAAAGGAAAUGCCGCCGAAAAAAAUAGCAGCUUCUUCUGUUAAGCUCCCGGCGCCCGGGGGGAAAAAAGGACAAGCCCAUUGCGUACUCUGCGCAGUCGUGGCGGAGCGAGUCUGUCAGCGAUGUGGGGACUUUUACUGCUCGAAGGAGUGCCAGAUAAUGGACUGGCAGCGCCACCGCUAUAUCUGCUUUCCGAUGCCGGCUUUGGUGAUGCCCGAGGCAUUUUCGAUUCUGCAAUCCCAGGAGGAGCUAUCGAUGGACAUUGCAAGUGUAUCCAAGGCCGGUUCGAUUAAAGCGUCUGCAGCUCCUAUGCCUAAUGAUGCGAGUAUCAACGAUAAGGUUAGCAGCACCAGCAGCUGCAGCAACACUCCAACUAUAAGUGGAAUUGCCGCACGUAUGGCUGCAGCAGAUACUAAAAACAUCCCGACCCCGAGCAGUGAGAGCAUUAAAACGAAAAACAAAACCACGUCCCUGCCGACUGUGGUAAUACCGGCCAGCAAUAGUGUGGUCAUCAUAAGUGGCUUCCGCUCUGCGAAUCGCUGCUUAGUGCGCAGCGUUUCCGCUGACCAAGCAUAUUCCCAAGUGUGCGAGAAGGUCAAUGCGCUGGGUAACGAGAUGCCAAGAGUAAAGAAUCCUCGAAUCCACGGCUUCGUGUUAGCGCUCCAUAAUGGCGCAUUCCAACGGGCCAAGGUUCUGCAGACGCGCCCGGAUAAAUCCGCCAAGCUUCUGUUCGUGGAUCAGGGUAUAACCAAGAUACGCAAUUUUGAUUCCAUGCGCGAAAUAAGCGACGAGAUACUGGCUCUCCCGAGCUUCUGUUUUCUGGUGCAACUCAAGGACGUGCACAACUAUAGCAUAACCAACGAUAUCCUUGACUUUCUCUCACAAUUCGAUGGUGAAAAAUGCAUCAUGCAGUACGACUCUGUCACCAAUUAUAACAAAAUCCUUGUAGAGCUUGUGAAUGUAAAAACGCAAAAGUCACUGAAUGAGACGGUGCGUGAAUAUUGCUCCACAAAAAAGGUUUACAAUAGCAAGAAUGUAUACUCAAAUGGGGAGCAGAUGGAGAGUAGUGUUUCAGCUGCGGUAAAGCCUCUGGAGGAAGGCCCGAAUGUGGCAGCAAAGGAUGAUGCCGCUCCUCCAACAGUGGCGCCGUCUCAAGAACCAUUGAAGCAGACAGAGACAAGGAGCAUGCCGAUCAAAGAAACACUACCAACUGAGGCAUCUGUCUCGCCUGCAAAGGAACUGCCAAAAGAUGAGCCAACAUCAGUUAAAGAAUUCCCAUUAGAAUUGAAGGCUGCAGAAUUAACUGCUACAACAGCAGCCACAGAAAUUGAUGUGCUCCCUGAGGAAAAAAUCGAACUGAAGACAGUCGACAAAACCAUUUCCCCCAAACUGAACGGGAUACCACUCGCACCUAAAGUCAAUGGAGCUGAAGGGUCCAACAAUGGACCGAUUUUAGUGCCGCCCUUUGAGAUGAAACUAUUGAGUGUCAGUGACAAGGCGGGCAUCGAUUUAUACAUUGUGGAUAAUUCCAAACUGUCUCGUGGCAUGUUUGGCGCCUUUGAUCGUGUCUUGGCCAGCGAAUUUGGACGUUUGAAUACAGCCAUAUCCAAAAUUAGUCCAUCGAAACCCUAUACGCCAGUUCUAAAGGAAUAUGUUUUGGCCAAAUUUGAGAACAGCUUCUAUCGUGCCAAAGUGGAGCAGAUCAAGCAAACGCCGCAGACACAGCAGACAGUUUACCGCAUGACAUACCUGGACUACACAAACAUCGAAGAAGUAACCGGGGAGGAUAUAUGCCGAUAUCCGGUGGAUUUGGAUUUUCCUUGUAUUACCAGCAUUUGCAUGAUUGAAGAUUUCCCCCAUAAACCGAAUGCCGAGCAGAUUGCUUACUUGUCUGAGGCCCUAAAAGUGCACGAAAUCAUUCACGUUGAUGCCGUUUUCUAUAUGAAGAAUGUGGCUUGGAUCAAAUGCAAUGAAUUGAUCAAGAAACUAGAGACAAUGUAGGGGAUUCCCCUACAAUUUCAAAUACCAAAUCUCUCAGACUAAGCGAAUGCAUGUUCAGAAUCAUUUUAAAAAACAUUUAUAUAUAA